GGGCCCCUCGGAACUGUCUGGAUACUCAGUAACAGCAUCAAAACUUAGGGCAACAGCCAUGUCUUCCUCUUCAUUGUGGCCUGGGCUCCAAGUCUAGGACUUUGUACUGUGGACUCCCAGUCUAGUCUCAAGUUGUCCAGAUGGACCGGUCAGAGAGCUUUCUGUCACCAUUUCCAAGGAUUCUCCAAAGACUGUGGAGGUAGAAGACUGGCAGCGACAAGCUGGAACCAUGGGGUGCACGCCAUCACACAACGUCAUCGUCAACAGCGUUGCGAAGAGUGGCAUUCAGUUUUUUAAGAAGCCAAAAGCAAUUUUGCCAGGAUGUCAGUGGGGCAGCCCCAAAUGCCCCAUCCCUUUGCUGGUUCAAAGUUCCACUUUCUGUGACUCUGGUGGCGAGUUGCACCUGGGAGAGAGGCUGGUAGAGGAGACAGUGUCAAGUUCCAAGAAGCUGCAGGCCAUGGCUGAAGGUGUUCGUCAGCUCCCAAAAGCUAUGGAAGGUCUGAUUCCAGAAAGCCAAACCUUCCAGGUGAACAAACCACAAGGCCACAGGGCUACGGACAUUUCAUUCAGGACAGAAGGCUCCCACGGGACACAGGAAGUAGAUUUCUCUGGGAAAGAGAGUAAGGAGAACACUCCCCAGGAGACCUCCAAGGGGAACAGAGAGUCAGUGUGCCAUCAACCAGACAGCCAGGACCAUUGCCGCCAAUCGGCUACUGAGUCAAAGGGCAGAGUGGAUUUCCCUGAGCCCCUGGUAAAGGCCCACCAGCAUGCUUAUGCCUACCUGCACACCAGCCUUUCCAGAUACGAAGCCAUUGUGCGCCUCGUCCAGCAAGCCAGCCAGACCUGGGGGCUGCUGCGACCCAUGCUCAACUUCCUGCUGCUGUGCUUCGAGGAAGCCGGCCAGCUUCUGAGCGAAAUCUCUAAAGAUGGAGAUGUGCUCCUCCAGGAAGUUCGAGGGGAUCUGGCGUGGCCACUGAGGAAAGGUGAGCCCUGGGAACAACACCCAGACCUCCUGCAACAGCUGCUGCAGUACACAGUCAGCAAGCUGCGGGCGCUCCACGGCACAGUGGCUGCCCUCACCGGGAGCUUCUUGGAGGGCUCCAGCAGCUGUCUCAGAUCCACUGCCGGCCACCUGGAAGGUAAGCUGAGCACCAAGAGAGGUAUAGAUGAAUGUCUCCUCAGGGCCCUGGGACAGCUAGAGAGCCUGACCAGCAGCCACGGUGACGCAGGGCUGCUGGGUCCACCCUUAUGCUCUGAGGACAGUGGCAUCGGUGCUGACAAUGAGUCUGUGCACUCCGUGGAGAAGCUGGGCAAGCAAGCCAGCUGGGACUUUGCAGCAGAACUUGGAGAAUGGAAGCCAGGGACUGCAGCCCAAGUGGAGGCCAGGCCUUCAGGGCACGCCUGGCAGGAAGGUCCAUACUGGACAGGUUCAGACAGACCCCAGGACUGUCCACUGUCGAGUCCUAGGAUAGCAAAGGUUCAACCCGCAGUGCAAGAUGAAGCCAGGAGCGCGAGCACUUCCGGCGCAGGCGCAGAAGCAGUCACCUCCGGGCCUUCAGAGGCUGCCGAAAGCCUUCCGUGGGACUCUCUGGGGGCUGAGAUUCCUGUGCGGACACCACUUUCUCGAAGCUCUGGGUUGACGGAUGCUCCAUCCCUGAGUGAAGAGGAAGACUGCAGCCCAGAGGAAGAAGAUGAACUUAGCAGCACCGACCUGCACCCUGAGCCACAGAAAGCCCUACCUUCAAGACCACGGUCCUCACCUGACACGCGGGAAAGCCUCUUUCAGCCGUACUCCAAGGAGCUUAGGAACCCCCAGGCCCAGGAAAUGAUUCUGAAGAUGAAAGAGGCCAUCAGCGAAAGGAUCAAGUUUGUCCCCGAGCCUUCCAGACCCCAGGACUGGACUGAGGAGGAGGAAGGGGGAACAGUGGUCCCUCCAAGACCCAGAUCAGUCAGUGGCAGCAGGGGGGGCCCUGAGAGACAAAGGAGGUCGCAAUCAGAGGGAUGCCUGAAGAGCCACGUGGAAGACCCCACCCUCCAGGAACUGAGGAGGGUCCAGACAGACCUCAGUAGGAGGCUGGAGGUAUUUUAUGCCCUGGGUGCCACACGGCAGGGGCAGAGCCGGGAACGAUGUCUGCCGUCCAGGGCAUCAGUGCUAUGGCCCCCCACCAACUGCAGGGUGAGUCCCAGUAGUGCCAUCAGCAAGUUCAAGGCCUCUCUGACCCAAAACUUCAGCAUUUUGCCCAAUCAAGACAAGAGCAUCUUUCAAAAAGGUAGUCCCUGCUUUGACGGUGAGCAGCCCUGCCAGGGGAAGGCUGAAAAGCUGCCAAAUGCCAUCUUUUGUGGCAAGAAGAGCGGUAGGGCUCCCAGGGACAACGAACGGGACAUCAGGGCCUGUCCCACCAGACCAUCGGUUAAGACGCUUAUUGAGACGUUCAGUCCUACUGAGAGCCUGAGGAUGCCGAGGAACUGUAGGAACUUGGGGUCAAGCCCCUGCCUCAGGAAAUGGGGGGUUCCUGCCAUGCCUCCCAGAUUUCCUAUUUACAGGGGGCUAGCCCCCCUGUAUUCUAAGCCCCAGAUUUCUCCAGCAGCAGGCUGGAGGCCUUCUGCACCCUUUCCCUCCCUUCCUCUAGCUGAAGUGUCUGAGAGUGAAGACAUUAGCGGUGACGUGGAGGAGGACCUAGAGAACCUCCCACCACCACCUCUGGAAGUCCUGAUGGACAAAUCCUUCGCUGCUCUGGAGUGUCCAGAAUGUAGCCAGCCAGCAGGGAGCUCCCUGGAAGAGACCCUAUUACCAGGUCUUCAAGAGGCUAGCCAUCCAAAAAGAACAUGGGUUUCCCCUAGGCUGAAAGCCUCCAUGAGCCCCAUGGACUUGCUCCCCAGCAAAGGCAGUGGCAGCUCCCCGAGGCUACACAGCACUAGAUCCGGGAGCACCAGGAUUGUGGGCGAUUCCAGAAAGUUGACCUUGGACCUGAACUCUAAGCAAACAGCUAGCCCAAGCUCAGAGGCAAAGAGCAGGGCUCAGAUUCAGGCCCGAGCAGAGACUAUAGCAGGCUUCUCCAAGCAGCACCAGAAGGCGAUUCCCUGGCACCACACCAACCCUACACCUGGGCAAAGCAGGACGUUGGAGCCCAGCCUGGCCAGGUUUUCACGAGACCCACACUCUUCAGAAGCGUCCAGAAAGGGUCCAGAGAGAAGCCUUCCACGAGUCAGAAAGGCCUCUCCCCAAAGAGCACAGUGGGCAUCCCAAGGGGACAGGAGGCUGCAGAGCCUGCCCUCCAGUCAUGGACCAUCCCAGCCGGGCCUCCCUGCUGUCCUCAGCUCCCCCAGCCCUCCUCUGAGCCCCAGGACCCUGAGCCCACCAGCCACAAGGAAAACUACUUCCCCACCAUGCCAGCACCCGCAGUCCAACCCAGCCCCAGGGAGCCCUCCUGUCCGACGGACAGAAACAAACACCCCCUCCUCUGCCUCCUGUUCAUCCCCCUCAGUGUCUCCAUCACGGGGGUCCAAGGACUCAAUUCACUCUGAGGACAGUGAGGCUACCACAGCCAAAGCAUCCAGGAACACGUGUUCCAUAUUCUAUCCAGCCGCCACUUCUCUCUUUGAAGCUAAAUCUUCAUCCUCAACAUCCCAUCCACAGAUGCUGCCAGAACCUGGGGGCCUUUUGAGGACCCCAACAGGAGGCUGGAGGGGCAGCUCGGGGCAGCGACUGAGGGCAGACUCACAGAAGAGAACGGUGCUGAAUGCCCUCAACCCCCUGCCUUUUGUCAGAAGGACAGCUUCAGACCGCCAGCGCCAGCAGGGCGACCAGCUUCAGCAGUCCCGCUCAGACUGGGAAUUCCAUUCCUGCCAAAACAGGCUUGUCCACUGGUUUGACGCCCAUGUGCGGGGUAAGCACACAGGAGCAUGUUGUCACAGGCAGAAUGUCACAGGACUGUACAGCAGCAGCAGCAGCAGCAGUGAGGAGAACCCCAAGCAAGAACUCCCACCUUGGAACAACUCCAGAGUCCCAGAACUGCAGGGUAGUAGCACCAAGCGGGCAUCUCCUUUGGAGCUCUGUGUGCUGGGCCAUGGGCUGCAGCCAGAAGCCCGAAUGAACCGCGGCCAGGACAGACCCCAGCCAGAGUCACAGCCCCAGCACAAGGAAAUAUCUUGACUCGUGGCUAGUGGGGGUUACCCUAGAACACAUGAAGUACUAGUGACGUGUUCACACUGCACCAUGGGUGGUAGACAAACCAACUCGAGCUGCGGUUGACUUGGAAGGAUCUUGAAGACACCCCUACCAAAGGGUUUUCAAAAUCUCAAACAGCAGCUGGAUUCACUUACAGAUCCUGCUUUGCCUUGGGUUUCAAUGUUAAUGGAAACUUUAGACCCCACAAUGAUACCCUUUAUCUUUCCGAGUGCUGGCCUUAAUUAGAGGGAUAAUAUAUUCAUGCUUAGAGGGCCAUGUGUCUUACAAGAUAACCAUUGGUUAUCGUGCGUCAUUUAAACCACAACAGUGUGUGAAAUAGUGUCCUCCCGUUUUACAGAUAAGAAACCCAAAUGUGUCGGGGGAGGGCCCCCCCCCCAGAGUUGUGCUGGGGUUUCAGACAGAUGUGAGAAUGGAGCAAAACCGGGUACAGAUGUGGCUGGCCUUAGACUCUGCGUUCUUCAUUAUGUUCUAUUGCCUUAGACUAUUCCAUCACUGUACCUGCCUGUGGCAUAAGCAUAAAGAGAAUAAAGAGAAGCCUUUUGCAUUUAAGGUUAAA